CAUGACUUUCUAUAUCGUAAAGACACCCUUCCUCGAUAAAUCCAAAUCUCAGCAUCUCCCCCCACUCAUUAUCACUGCCGCUGGACGUUGGUGUGUUGAUUCAAUUGACUCCUCACUGUAAAUUUCAUUCAACUGUUUGAGCCUUUGAGGUCCAAACCCGGAGCCGUUUUGUUUGUGCGGUGAGGCCAGUACUUAAUAGCUACUUACCUACUCCAUUAAAGCUUAAUUGCAGAUCUAAUCAAACAUUUUAAAAUGAGUUUACCUUCAAAUACCUUGCUUCUUCUCCCCGCCCUCUCUCUUUCUCUCUCUCUGUUUCUCUAAUCGUCAGAUCUCGUAGUGGGUCUCAUUUCCUUUCAUGUUUGGUACUGAGUAGCCAUUAGAAACCUUAGUACUUACACUAUCUCUCUCCCUCCUCUUUCUCUCUUUCUCUGUCUCUCUCGGGCAUAAGCAUCCGGAUUUGCUCUCUCUCUCUCUCUCUCCCAGAUAAGUAAAGCAGCAACUUUUGCUGUAUUUUGCUCUCUGCAAAAGCAACAAUGAGUUCGCAAGCUUCUAAACCGUCAAAAUCCUCAAAACCUCCAAACACUUCGACGACAUCAGCAUCAUCACCAUCAUCAAUUACAGCUUCAUCGGCUUCGAGAUCCUCCUCUUCUCUUUCCUCCCACUUCGCCAUGAUUGAGCUCAAGCAGCGAAUCCUCAACUCCCUUUCUAAGCUCUCCGACCGAGACACCCACCAGAUCGCUGUCGAAGAGCUCGAAAAAAUUAUCCAAACCCUUUCUCCUGACGGUGUCUCCAUGCUCCUCAAUUGCCUCUACGACGCUUCCAAUGACCCCAAACCCGCCGUCAAGAAGGAAGCACUACGCCUUCUUGGUUUCCUCUGCACCUCUCACGCCGAUUCCACAUCGACCCAUCUCACCAAAACCAUUGCCCACAUUGUAAGGAGGCUCAAGGACUCCGAUUCUGGCGUUCGGGAUUCUUGUCGCGAUGCCAUCGGGGUGCUAUCGUCGCAGUACCUUCAAGGCAGUGGCGAUUGUGCGAAUCUUGGGUCGGUUGUCUCAUUGUUCGUGAAGCCUUUGUUUGAGGCAAUGAAUGAGCAGAACAAGGUGGUCCAGGCUGGGUCAGCAAUGUGUAUGGCCAGGAUGGUGGAGUGUGCCACAGACCCGCCGGUUGCCGCCUUCCAGAAGCUCUGCCCCAAGAUCUGCAAAUACCUUAACAGUCAGAACUUCCUCGCCAAGGCCGCGCUCUUGCCUGUUGUCGCAAGUCUUUCUCAGGUCGGAGCACUUGCACCUCAAAGCUUACCAGUAUUGCUUCAAAACAUUAAUGACUGCCUUGAGAGUACAGACUGGGCAACACGUAAAGCUGCGGCAGAGACAUUAACUGCCUUGGCAUCUCAUUCAGGUCAUUUGGUUGCAGAUGGCACCACUUCCAUAAUAGCUGCACUGGAGGCAUGCCGCUUUGAUAAAGUGAAACCUGUUAGAGAUAGCAUGACAGAGGCACUUCAGCUAUGGAAGAACAUUGCAGGGAAAGCAGCUGAUGGAGGAGUUCAGGAUGAACCAAAAGCCAUUUCUCAUGAUGUCAAAAGUUCAGAAACAACUAAGUUGGCAGAAAAAUUGGAACCAAACAAGACAAAUCCUAGUGAGAGAACAGAGGAAUCUUCAGCAAAGGAGACAUCUAUUGGCUCUCCACCUUCUUCCAAUUCCCUUUCCAAAGUUAAGGGUAGUAAUAUCUCAGACAAAGCAGUUGGUAUACUAAAGAAGAAAGCUCCUGCACUAACUGACAAAGAAUUGAACCCGGAAUUCUUCCAGAAGCUCGAAACAAGGGGCUCAGGUGAUUUGCCUGUGGAAGUGGUGGUUCCACGUAGAUGUCUUAAUUCUGCAAAUUCACAAGAUGGGGAAGAAUCAGAGCCAAAUGAUACAGAUUCUAGAGGCAGAUCAAAUCACCAUGGGAACCCUGAGUCGGAUGCUGUUCAUGGAUCUGGGAAUUUUAAAUACCAAUACCUGGAAAGAGGAACUAUUGGCAUGUCUAAUAAACAACAAGACUUUGACGAUGUUGCCCGGGAUAAAUGGACUGAACAAAGAGUUGUUAGGGGGAAGGACUUGAAAACAAGAGGUUUUGAUGCUGAUGAUAGAAGUGGAAUUAAUCAAAGGGACAGUUCGGGUGCCCGUGUGGGUUUCCCUAGAGCUGAUGGUUAUUCUGAAGGAUCUUUCAUAAAUAACAAAGGAAAUUGGUUAGCUAUCCAAAGACAGUUAACACAACUGGAGAGGCAACAAGCUCAUCUCAUGAACAUGUUACAGGACUUCAUGGGUGGGUCCCAUGACAGCAUGGUUACUCUAGAGAAUAGAGUGCGGGGUCUUGAGAGAAUUGUUGAAGAUAUGAUACGGGAUCUGGCAGUGUCAUCAGGUAGGAGAGGUAGUAAUUUUAUGGUUGGUUAUGAGGGAUCUUCCAUGAGGCCUUUAGGCAAGUAUAAUGGGCUCUCUGACUAUAGUAGCAAGUUGGGUAGGGGUAGUGAUGGACGUAUCCCAUUUGCAGAUAGGUUCCUUUCCUCUGAUGUUAAUAUUUCAGGAAUGAGGGGAAGGGACCCACCUUGGAGAUCUGAUGCAUCUGAAGCAUGGGAUUCUUAUGCAUAUGGCUCUUCAAGAAAUGGGCAUAUUAGCUCUAGAAGAGCUCUUGGUGGUGAUGGCAGAUCACCUAGGGAAGAACAUGAUAGUGAUCAGAUUAGUAACAGAAGAGCUUGGGAUAAGGGACAAGGACCUGUUAGGCUAGGCGAGGGGCCCUCUGCAAGAAGUGUCUGGCAAGCUUCAAAAGAUGAAGCUACUCUGGAAGCAAUUCGUGUGGCUGGGGAAGACAAUGGAAUAUCACGAACUGCAACAAGAGUUGCUAUACCAGAAUUAACAGCUGAAGCUUUAGGAGAUGAGAACAUGGGGCAGGAACGGGGGCCAAACUGGGCUUCUUGGAAUAAUGCUAUGGAUGCACUUUACAUGGGAGAUAUGGAUUCAGCAUAUGCUGAAGUUCUGUCCACAGGGGAUGAUCUCUUGCUUGUGAAACUGAUGGAAAUAUCAGGCCCUGUAGUGGAUCAACUCUCUAACGAGAUUGCAAAUGAGGUUCUGCAUGCUGUAGGCCAGUUCUUAAUGGAGCAGAAUUUGUUUGAUAUUGGUUUGUACUGGGUUCAACAGUUAAGGGAUCUGGUGAUGGAAAAUGGACCGGAUGUUUUGGGCAUUCCCAUGGAAGUCAAGAGAGAGCUUUUGCUGAGUUUGCAGGAGGUGUCAUCAGCCAUGGACCCACCCGAGGACUGGGAAGGUGCAACACCAGACCAACUAAUGUUACAGUUAGCUUCAGCUUGGGGAAUUGAUCUGCAACAGCUCAAGUAGAGUUCUGUGAUUUAAUAUAUGAUCUCUCAUGUUGGCACUUGUAUAUUUCUUUGUUUUUAUUUUUAUUUUUUAUUUUUUUGGUGUAAACUUCUUGGAGGCUGGAGUCACUUAAUCUGUUUCAAAUGUAAUUUGGAUGAUUUUAGCAAAAAAAAUGUAAUUUGGAUGAUCCAUGAACAUACUGGAUUUAAAGCAUUACA